GAAAAAUGUUUGAAGAUAGUGCGCUAAGCGUAAAUGAGCAAAGAAAACUGCGCAUCUUUUAAAACAAAAUAAAACUAGACGGAACUAUGUGUGAUAAAGAUCUCAUUAUUGGUACAUGUAGCAAUAUGUGCCCAGAAAAAGAAAUGAAGUGGAGGGAAAAAAAUAAGUUAUUACAUGUAUUGGAGAUAAAAAAAGGAGGAAAAUUUCCAGAAGCUGACCCUGACAAAGCUAUUAAACAGUUUUCACGAUCAGCUGCUGGGAAAGUACAACCUUCGCCAUCAGAUCUUAGGACACCUUCAACUCUGCUGAACACGACGAAUUACCUCAUUAAUGAAAUACUACCUUUAACUUCGGUGCCGUUUAUUACAAUAUAUGAUUUCGUUAACGAUCGCAUUCAGGCUAUAAGGCAAGAUAUCGUAAUUCAAAGAAUUAAAGACUUCCAUGCAGUCACAAUUAUGAAAAAGUGCAUAAGAUUUUACAUCCUAUCAGCAUACCUACUUUGUGAAGAGCCCAUAACGGCUUAUGAUCCACAUUUAAAUGAAAAGCAACUUGUAAUAUGCUUAGACAACUUACUGGCAUUGAACGGGCAGCCAGAAAGUAAUGAAAUUUCAGAAUUUAUUGCUAUCCAUUUUGCUCUUAACAUCCAUAAUUCUGAAACUUUUUAUAGAUCCACCAUAAUGAAUUCUUACAAAACCGAAUGGGCAAAUAAAUCAAUCAAAGCAUGUUUUGCAUAUCUAGAAUGCAAUGUUGCAAAGUUUUUUAAAAUAGUCAAAACAAUGCCUAUAAUACUGUUACUGUGUUUUUUUCAGCUCUUCCAAAAAAUUCGUAAACAUGCUUUAAAGCAAUUCAACACUGCUUUCAGCUCUAGUAUGAGUAAAUUUCCUUUGGAUGUUUUGUGUGAUCUGUUAUGCUUAGAAACAAAGCAAACAGCACUAAAUUUGUGUAAAAUUUAUAGUAUUAGAGCCGACACUGAUUUUUUAUACUUUGACAAAAAAGUUUUUGACUCGACUGAAAGUACGGCAUGUUCAAGAAAAGAAGAAAUAAUUGAAAGACUUUUGAAGGAUGUAAAGAUUUCAGAUCUUAUUAAUGAAUUCAUGUAACAUUGCCUGGAAAAUUUUCUAUUAAGUCGUUAUUUUUGUACAGUAGUAUAGUCAAGAGGGGACUGAGUCCAUAUGCUUUAUUUUUAUACACAUGUCAUCUCAUUUUGUUAAGUUUU